UUAAAGGCAUGGAGGUGUUUAUCUAGCUAGAGAUCAAUGCAAACUCAAAUCAUUAUUGCUAUUAUGUCAUCUCAGGUUCAGUCUUGUACAGAAUCUCAUUUCCCAUGGCAUUUUUGUGCAAGACUUUCCUACAUUCUAUUUAUAGAAACAAAUCUAACCAUUGCUAUAGUCACAAAGCAUGAUCUUAGGCCAGAAAUAGAAUGCUUUUGACGAUGAGCCUCGUUUUCUUGCAAAUGGCCUUAAACAUACACAUCAUAUUCUUGUCUCCUAAAAAUGUGCAGUUCACAGAUGUAACUUACAAGGUGAUUUUGAAAGGCAUGAGGUCGACAGUGGAGAAGGAUAUUUUAUAUGGGAUCAACGGCUCUGUUGCUCCGGGGGAAGUUCUGGCUCUGAUGGGGCCGUCCGGAAGUGGAAAGACUUCGUUGCUGAGUCUGCUGGGAGGGAGAGGGAGAGUGAGAGAGCCUGCCCAUGGUGGCUCGAUCACGUACAAUGAUCAACCAUAUUCCAAGUCCCUAAAGUGCAGGAUAGGGUUUGUGACUCAAGACGAUGUUCUGUUUCCUCAUCUUACGGUGCGGGAGACGCUGACUUAUGCAGCUCGGUUGAGGCUUCCAAAGACUUUGACGAAAGAGGAAAAAGAUAAAAGAGCAUCGGAUGUUAUAUACGAGCUGGGGCUAGAGAGCUGUCAAGACACUAUGAUAGGCGGCUCUUUUGUCCGGGGAGUCUCGGGUGGAGAAAGGAAGCGUGUGUGCAUUGGAAACGAGAUAAUUAUCAACCCGUCCCUCUUGUUCCUAGAUGAACCCACCUCAGGCCUUGAUUCUACGACUGCUUUGAGGAUUGUGGACACACUGCAUGAUAUAGCAGAGGCUGGGAAAACAGUGGUGACCACGAUUCACCAGCCAUCGAGCAGACUCUUCCAUAAGUUCGACAAGUUGAUUCUUCUUGGCAAAGGGAGUCUGCUUUACUUUGGCAAGGUGUCGGAAGCAAUGGUUUACUUCUCAUCCAUAGGCUGUUCCCCACUAAUUGCGAUGAACCCUGCAGAGUUCAUGCUUGACCUUGCAAAUGGGAACGUAACAGACAUUUCUGUUCCCUCGGAAUUGGAUGAUAGAGUGCAGAUCGGGGACUCCACAACAGAAACAAAGAGCGGAAAACCAGCUCCAGCAGUUGUGCAUGAGUAUCUUGUGGAGGCCUAUGAGGCACGGGUUGAUGAAAGUGAGAAGAAGAAACUUAAAAACCCAACGCCUGUUGAUGACGAGAUUAAGGCCAAAGUAUGUUCUGCAAAGAGAGAAUGGGGAGCAAGCUGGUUUGAACAGUACUCCAUACUAUUCUGCAGAGGACUAAAAGAACGGAGGCACGAUUACUUUAGCUGGUUGAGGGUAACUCAGGUUCUUGCAACCGCGGCUAUUUUGGGAUUGCUAUGGUGGCAAUCUGGCAGCAACAACCCCAAAGAACUGCAAGAUCAGGCAGGGUUACUGUUCUUCAUUGCUGUGUUCUGGGGAUUCUUCCCAGUUUUUACAGCCAUCUUUACAUUUCCCCAAGAGAGAGCCAUGCUAAGCAAGGAACGAGCAGCUGACAUGUACAGAUUGAGUGCAUAUUUUGUGGCAAGAACGACAAGCGACCUUCCGCUCGACACAAUAUUGCCAAUACUUUUCCUCGUGGUUGUAUAUUUCAUGGCAGGGUUACGAAUGAAUGCUUGUUCCUUUUUCCUCACUGUAGUGACAGUCUUUCUCUGCAUUAUAGCAGCUCAGGGGCUCGGGCUAGCAAUUGGUGCCACACUGAUGGAUUUAAAGAGGGCAACAACACUGGCCUCAGUCACAGUAAUGACCUUCAUGUUGGCUGGAGGAUACUUUGUGAAGAAUGUUCCAGUGUUCAUAUCAUGGCUUCGCUAUCUCUCCUUCAAUUACCAUACCUACAAACUUCUCCUGAAAGUACAGUACGAGCACAUAAGUGACACGAUCAACGGGGUCAGAAUAGACGACGGUUGCAAGGAAGUUGGAGCACUGUUAGCAAUGGUGAUAGGCUAUAGGCUACUAGCUUACCUAUCGUUGCGAAGAAUGAAGCUCCAGCCAGGAUCUUAGUUGUACACCAAAGCAAUAUUAUUAAAGGCCUUGUGACAGUGCAGUUUUUUGUUUUCAAGGCUUUUGCUAGCUAACAAAUCAUCUAGCCACAAGAUUAUAUUGAAACUCUUGCCUCGAAGAGAGGUCGCACAACCACCAUUCUGCUGAGAUUAGUUUAAACAUCAUUGCAUGGAUUUCUCUGAAGAUACUUUUGCAGGAUUCACUCAAAGACAUGUUUCCAGCAAAUU